GUAGCCGAAGCUUGUAUUAGCCUAGCUUGCGUAAAUCGAACAUUAACUACUAACAUUUCUAACGGAGCUGUCAAACCAAACUGAGAUCGAAAGUAUCUAGCUACAAUCCGUAUACAAGUAUCGGAAUGACCAUUUCCUGUUUGAUAUGCAUUUCCUGUUGCGAAAUAACUAGCUAGCGGGUCGUGGCAGCCAGCUAGCCGUUAGCUAAUUGUAGCUAGCUAGAUGCUGUAUUAUAGUAGGCCUGGAAAUAAUCAUUAUUUGCUGAAAGACAUUGAAUAUGGAAGGAUCGUGUAACAUUGGCACGUUGCACCGAGUAUAUAUUGCAACGGACAUAAUUUUUUAGAGGAUAACCUUAGCUACAUGAAAUGUCAUAAACUAGCCGCGGAGGUGGAGGGACCCACAACCCCCUGAACAGCUGCUCUGAUGGAGAAAUGUCCUCCUCCAAGACGAUAGCAAGUGUAAUACUGCACAAGGUUUAGCAGAAUUAUUUUAGUCUGCUAUCUUGUCUCUAUAUCUAGUCUGUCAAGCAAAUAGGAGACUGGUCAUUCGGGGAUAGCUAUCUCAUCAUUGACUAAGUAGCUAGCUAACUGCUGCCAGUGCUGGUGAAGAAAUCACUGCUGUUUUGGCAUCUGCAAACAACAAGACUGGCUGUGUCAGACAAACCUUCGGCCUUGUCCAGAAAUAUAAGGUUAAUUUGCGAAACUGACAACUGGAAACAAGGACAUUUGAGCAGUCUGUAUCGUUUUGAUUGAAGUGAGGAUAAUUUUUCCUGAUCAUCGAGUUCUAACUGAUAACUAUCAUGAGGAAGUUCUUUGAUUCAUCUCGUCGGGAGUUGGUCAGUUCUGGACCUGGUUCUGGAGGGGGUAACAGUGGAUCCAGCCAUGCAGGUGGCAAUUUAAUUGGACGUUCAUGUACUAUUGGGCGGCACCAAGUCACUAUUGAAGAAACAGUGGCCGAAGGGGGGUUUGCCAUUGUGUUCCUGGUACGAACCAGCCAGGGGCUCCGCUGUGCCCUCAAGAGGAUGUAUGUCAACAAUGAGCACGACCUGCAGGUGUGCAAGCGAGAGAUCCAGAUUAUGAAGGACCUGGUCGGCCAUAAGAACAUUGUUGGCUAUCUGGACUCUAGUAUCACCACUUGUGGAGGAGGAGAUGUGUGGGAAGUGCUCAUCCUCAUGGACUACUGUAAAGGAGGCCAGGUGGUGAACCUGAUGAACCAGCGUCUGCAGACAGGCUUCACCGAGGCAGAGGUUCUGCAGAUCUUCUGUGAUACGUGUGACGCCGUGUCUCGACUGCACCAGGGCAAGACACCCAUCAUCCACAGGGACCUUAAGGUGGAGAACAUCCUGUUACAUGAUAAGGGUCACUACGUGCUGUGUGACUUCGGAAGCGCCACCAAUAAGUUCCAGAACCCACAGACUGAAGGAGUGCCAGUAGUCGAUGAGGAAAUAAAGAAGUACACCACUCUGUCAUAUCGUGCCCCUGAGAUGGUGAACCUCUACAAUAGCAAGAUUAUCACUACUAAAGCUGACAUAUGGGCGAUGGGCUGUUUGCUGUAUAAGCUGUGCUACUUCACUCUACCCUUCGGGGAGAGCCAGGUGGCCAUCUGUGAUGGCAGCUUCACCAUUCCUGACAAUUCCCGCUACUCCUACGACCUGCACUGCCUCAUCCGGUACAUGCUGGAGCCCGACUCUGACAAAAGACCUGACAUCUACCAGGUGUCCUACUUUGCUUUUAAACAGGCUCGCCGUGAUUGCCCUGUUCAGAAUGUGAAGAACUCUCCAAUUCCUGCUCAACUCCCUGAGCCAAUCAAAGCCAGCGAGGCUGCUGCAGCGAAGAAGAGCCAGAGCCAGACACAGAGUAAGGCCAGACUGACAGACCCCAUCCCCACCACUGAGACCUCCAUCACGCCCCGGCAGAGGCCCAAAGCGGGCCAUGCCCCACCCAGCGCUGGAAUCCUACCCAUCCAGCCGGCUGCCCUCACCCCUCGCAAACGGGCCAACCUCCCUGCCGGGGGGGCCCUUCCUCUAGGAGUGAAUUUAAACCUUGCCCAGCAAGCAGCAGCCCUCCAAUCACAGAAGGCACAGACCACGGCUCCGCCUAAGCCAGCGACCGGCCAAUCACAUAACCCUCCCAGUGAGGCCACACCCCAGCUGGGUAGAAAGCCCCAGUCUGGUGCUCAGCAGAAGCAGCCAGGGCAGCUGCAGCAGCAGCCAAUCGCAACAGUGGGAGUCCCACCUGUGCAGACCAAGGCGGAGGCCCCAAGCACCCCCCAACAGGCCAUGCCUCCCCUGGUGGCCAGUCCCAACCCCCAGCAGGCCCAGGCCCCGUCCAGCCAAGCCCCACCCAAAGCCCCAGCACGUCGUAAGCAGGCCAGCCAGAGCCAAGCCCAGCAGCAGCCAUCCGCUCAGCCUACUCCAGCCCAAUCUCCGGCUGCACAGCAGCCUACAGCUCGGCAGCAACCAGUUCCUCAACAACCAGUUGCCCAGCAACCAGUAGCCCAGCCAGAAGCGGCCCAGCAGCCACCUGUCAAGACCCAGUCCACCCCUGCCGAGACCAGUCACAACACAGCUGAGACUGAGACGACUUCUCUUCUUGGUCUGUCCAAGACUCCGCACCAUUCGCCAAAGGCUGUAGAGCGCGCCCCGAGCGACAUUACCCAGAAUGCAGUCGGUGGGCUUCCUGGAAGUGACUCCAGCCAACUACUGCAAGAGAACACAGCAGAGGAUGGCCUCAACCAGUUAAUAUCUGUCGGUACAACUCCACCCAAUUCCACCCGGUCCCUUCAGCAGAGUGUGUGUGAACCAGCCCAAGACGGCAACUUUGCUGCCUUUGCCCCUUCACCUGCCUCUGUCCCUGGCCCUGCCACCGGCUCCCCCACGCAGCCCACUUGGAACCCUUUUGGUGAUGAUGACUUCUCCAAUCUCAAUGCAGAGCAACUGAUUAACAAAGACCUGGUUGAUGAACAGGCAGAUGACGUGGCUGCAGAAGCAGAGGUGGAGACUGCCCCCACAGAGAAUCUGAUACCUGGCCUGCUAGAGGUCUCCUCCCCUGUGGAAACAGCCCCCCAACCUGCUGUAGAACAAUCUGAAGACAUCCUUGGACUGGAUACAGGAGAGUCUUUCUUGACUGUUCAGGUCCCUUUCAGCGCCCUAGCACUCUCAGACACUCCAGAGAAGCAUAUUGAGGGACUGAAGUCCCCAGAUACACACCUCCUGCUCCCUGAUCUCCUGUCCAUGGCUGAUCCCUUUGGCAGAACUGUGGCGGAGGCUGUUAACGUAGUGGGUCCAGCAGAGAACUAUCUUGUGAGUCUGGACUCUCUGAUCCCUGGUCUGGAGGCUCCAAUGUCCCAGUCUGAGACAGACUCUACGCUGCUUCCUGACCCCCUGCUUGGGGAGGACUCUCUGCUGAGCUGCUCUCUCAUCUUUCCCCCCUCUGGAGCCUCCUCUCUCUCUUCUGUUCCGGCUUCUGCUGGUGUUGGGUCUGUUCUGGAAGAGUUUGACCUGGCAUCUGGGGGUUCCACCCAGUUUCUGGCAGACUCCUCUGAUCUCCUGAUCCCAGGCUUUGAGCCUCCGCCCAGUGCAGAGACAGGCAACGAGGAUGAGUUUGACCCCAUCCCUGUCAUGACCUCCAAAAACUCCUCCCAAGUUUCAGGAGGCCACUCUCGCAGUAACAAUGGCAGCUCUGAGUCCAGCCUUCCCAGCCUGGCCCGCUCCCUGCUCAUGGUGGACCAGCUCAUCGACCUGUAGAGGGCGGUGGGGAGCCGGGACACUAGAGAGAGGGGAGUGGGGGGAUGGAGAGACGUGGUAGAAGUAUUGAUGCUGGAGAGGAGACUAGAACCCACCAUUAGUGAUUACACCCUUCCCCCCUUCACCAUUCAUUCCCAUGACCAACGCUUGUUCCAUGUGAACUCCUGCUGUCAUUCCGAACUCACUGGGCCAUAGAGUUAUAGAACCAUAAUCAUUGUCCUGUCCGUGUUUGUCCCAUCAUGCCUCUGAUAUUGAUUCCCAUCAUGUCCACCACUUUUCUUCUUCUCCCCUCUGCCCUCUCAUUUCAUGCUCUCACAGCAUUUAGGACUAUGUUCUGUUGCCCUUCUGCGGUCAUCAUGGCAAACGAGUUCACGGCACACCGCAUCUAACUUUUGCGUUCACAGCACCCUAACAAUAUAACUUUUGCGUUCACGGCACCCUAACAAUAUAACUUUUGCGUUCACGGCACACUAACUUUUUCUAGCUUUUGCAUUUGUCACACUAACUUCAUCCAAGAGUUCUUCUUUCUGUAGACCAGGGCCAAAUGUUUCACUCCUAUCUCUCUGGUCAGUCUUGUCCUGUAAGGAACCAGAGAAUUCCACUCUUGUUGUUAGUAGAUGUUGGCUAGUUGUUAUGGUGGACAAGUAGAUGUUUUGUCUCCUGCCUUUCUCCAGUGUUAUGUUUCACUUGGAUUAUUAUUUGGGCACAUUCAGUAACACCAAUAUCACAACAUUGAUUUCUUGUAUACAUUUUGAGGUGUACCGUAGACCGUUGGAAAAAUAGUUGUCUAUCUGCCAAUUUAGUUUUCCACAUUCCAGUGGCUGAGUUGUCAGGGCUUGUGUUUUAACCCUUAGCAUGAGGUAUCAUAGCCGGUGUGACGGGAUGGAUGUCAUAUCUAAAAUGACAGAUUUUGAUCAAAAAUGACUGAUUACUCCACCAGCUGGUCCAGAGGUUGAGCCUCGCUGUGGAUGCAUCCUCCCAGCUUCCAUUAGCAGAGCACUGUAAGAGCCACCAGGCAGGUUACCUGUCUAUGGUCAAAAUGAGCAAAGAAGUUAUUCAAAAAGCUAAUAAGUUAGCACCAACAUAUUUUAAGACUUUAAAGCCUACAAUAACAUAAAUGUGGAGCUAACAUUCCCAAAGGAAGAAGCUAAGAAGUGAAAACACCAGCUUGGCUAGGGACUCAGUUUCACAUUGACAACAUUGAUGCAUUUCUAAAGCAUAUGUUUGUUUUCCUCUCGUUGACCUCUCUUAAGCCUGAAUAUACAGACAGUCUGUCAAUAUCAUCCCUUUCAUUUCAGCCUGUUUGUGCCAACGCGCAAUCCUUUAAUUCUAUUCAAACAUGCAUUUCCACAGAAAGUCCAUUCCUACUUGUACAUAGAUCCUAUAUUCCAGUAAUUUAUCGGCCCUACAUAAUGUACAUGUAUGUAUAUCUGCAAUACCCACAGACUCUGAUCCAGUGAUCAUACGUUUGGUUCCUCUUGUGUAAAAAGUAAAUUGUGAAAAAAAAAGAUUGUCCUCUGUUCCUCAUCAUAGCUUACGUUGUGAAAAAAUAUAUAGAAACGUUUAUUUCAUAAAUAGCUAAUAAUAAAUGUGAAUAUGAAUAGAGUAUUAGAGAAUGAAUGUAUGAAAUGAAUAUCAGUCUAUAAAUAAAGAUUCAUAUAUUUAAAUUGAAUUCUUAAGAUGACUAUUAUAGAAGAAUACUUUAUGUUUUUCCUGUUUGUGCAGCUGUGUUUUUCCUGUUUGUGCAGCUGUAUUUUUCCCACCAUAUUUCUCCCCAGAUUCCUAUUGUGACAUUAGCAAAACAUACAAUUAUGACAAUCUUAGCUUUGAUCUGUUGUUGAGGGUUGGGUAGGAUUUCUCCUUCAAGUAGUGUCUAUUAACUUGCCUUGACCUAAGGAGGGAUUUAAUGCAAACAUACUAGUUUGUUGUACAAUGGGACCACAACCCAGGGAGCUUUACCAUGUCUUAUACUGUACCAUACCUACUCACGCUGUACAAAGGCAGAGUACUACAGUCUUCGCUGAAAUAGUGCUCUACAAAGCCAUGCUUUCUCCGUACAGAUUUUACAUGAUCAAAAAUAUGCAUAUCGAAGCAUGACCGUGUUGUUGAAUGUUCUGUUCUGGUGUGUUGGUAGACAGUGUUAUCAUCGGUGUGUGUAUGUGUGGACAUACAGUAAUGGAACUCCUAGCCAGUCUGAUUCGUUGGAUGUGAUGCGGUUGUGUUGUUGUCUGACCUCGCUGCAAUAACAGUGACAUCAACAGUAAUGUUUGUGUUGACUUCGUCACAUUUGAAAAGCACAGGCCCUCUUAAAUAGCGCUGAGUCACUCUGUUGCCCAUAGAGGAAGCCACUGUUUUUGAGAGUAGAGCACAUCAGUGUCUCUGAGUUGACCACUAGAGUCAGUGAUCUGAUUGAAUUAGGAGAACGGAAUAUAUUGGUUAUCAGACAGAGGGGAAAUCCCACACAGGACUCAACACUAUGACCACAUACAUGUCAGAUCCUAUGAAGAUAGGAAUGCUCACUAUGCUGUUGGGCAUUUAAAGGAAUUACAGAUAAUUGCUCUACUACAGUUUCCCAAACAAUGCAUGCCAAGCAACAACACUUAUUGGCAAUAUAAUAGGCUGAAGUUCGCAUCUUAUCCCCUCCACCUCACACUACUGUACAGUCUAGUCAUCUGCAGAUACUCAUGAGGCUAUUGACUUAUGCAAUCCUAUGCUUCUUCCUGUAGACACCACUGUGCUGUUGUUCUCAGUAAAGGUCUUGCCCUCCAGGUAGUUAAACUUGUGUUGUUGUGAAAAAGAGAACCUUCAUGUUAUCCUGUUGUUUUUGCCAAAAGUGGAAAAAGCUGUUUAUGAUGACCAUGUUCUCCUGAAUGUUCUGGAUCCCUGUUCGUCUAUAUGGCACCUAAUCCUGCGUCAGAGCUGUAAUUUCUGUGUGCACCUUCUAUUUUUGUGAGAUAACUAAAGAAUUACAAAGAAAGGGAUGUGGAAUAAACAUAUACAUGUGAAUGUA